CCUUCCUUAACUCGCUGCCUGCACACGUGGUUCGAGCGCAUCUCGAUGUUCGUGAUUCUGCUGAACUGCUUCACGCUCGGCAUGUACCAGCCGUGCGAGGACACGGCGUGCGCGUCGUUGCGCUGUCGCACGCUCGCCGUACUCGACGACUUCAUCUACGCCUUCUUCGCCGCCGAGAUGGUCGUCAAGUGCGCACACGACUGCCGCGGCAACAUGUUCGGCCUGAUCAGUAACAAUGUUGUUCUUUUGUUUCACAGUUCCGUCGAGUACUGCUUGGAUAUGGAGAAUAUGAAUCUGUCGGCCAUUAGGACUAUUAGAGUGCUUCGACCGUUGCGUGCCAUCAACAGGAUUCCCAGUAAGGUGCAGCUAGCGCCAUAUUUUCAACUGAGUAGAGGGAGCCACUUUGAGUACAUCUGCAGCUUGGAGAAGGAUAACGGCAUGAAGACCUGUGAUCAGAUCCCAUCUCUAUUGGAAGACAACGUGGAAGACAACGUGGUGUGCAGUGCCAGCGCGACACAGUUCAGCAAUAACACAGCGACCAACUCUUCGUGCGUCAAUUGGAACCAGUAUUACAGCAAGUGUCAACCAGGACUGAGCAAUCCGUUCAAAGGGGCCAUAUCUUUUGAUAAUAUAGGCUUAGCCUGGGUAGCAAUAUUUUUAGUCAUCUCUAUCUACCUAUUCAUCUCUAUAUCUAUUUAUCCAUUAUAUAUCUCUCCCUUCCUCUCUACACACAUCCACCUACCUCCUCUGCUUCAGAUCGGCUCGUUCUUCAUGAUCAACCUCUGCCUGGUCGUCAUAGCAACCCAGUUCUCAGAGACGAAGCGACGUGAGACGGAGCGUAUGGCGCAGGAGCGACUGCGCGCUCUCUCAUCCAGUACGAUCGGCACCAGCGAGGGCGGGGGCGAACCAGGAGGCUGCUACGGAGAGCUGAUCAAGUACCUAGCGCACUUGGGCCGACGCGCCAACCGCAAGAUAACGCGCUGGUGCAACAUGCAACGGCUGCGACGGCAGCGGCUCAAAGUGACGCCGCAGUUGCCGCUGUCGCUGCGCCGCAAGCGCGGCGGCGAGGACGAUGACGAUGACGAUGCGAGUCCCGAACUCUCCGACAUUGACCCGCUCGCCUCGCCGCAUCGGCCCAGCGACGCGGCGGCGCCGCCCUGCGGCGACAAUCAGGCGACGGUGGCGGCGCCUGACGGCGACGAGCGGCGGCGGGCGGUGCGCUACGUGGCUGCGUCACUGGCGCGCGCUGCGUCCUUCAACACUGCCAGGAAGGUCGACAUCACGUGUCCGGAGUUACUGGCGAUUGCAGGCACGCGCAAUGCUGCCCUCAUCGCAGCAGCCUCGAUGGCUGGCAUCGACUGCGUCAAGCUCAACCCGUCGCUAUUUUUCAUUUCUUGCAGCUUGGUGGAGCUGGCGCAGAGCGGGGACGGCGGACUUUCGGUGCUACGCACGUUCCGGUUGCUGCGGAUAUUGAAGUUAGUUCGCUUCAUGCCCGCACUGCGGCGCCAGCUGGUGGUCAUGCUGAGAACCGUCGACAACGUCGCGACGUUCUUCAUGUUACUUAUGUUGUUCAUAUUUGUGUUUAGCAUUCUGGGAAUGAACUUGUUUGGGUGUAAAUUCUGCAAUAAGUCGCCGAUAACUGGGGCGAUCAAGUGCGACCGCAAGAACUUUGACUCGCUGCUCUGGGCACUUGUCACUGUUUUCCAGGUAGACAUCCACUAUUGGUCGCGCUACCUGGUGCUGGAUGUGCCAACUAACUGUACUCACUCGCAUUCCCGCUGCUCCCUAGUCUACCAGCUGUCUGGCCCUAGGGAGCGACAGCGAUCGCUCGAGCACAGCCACUGCAAUGGCGGCAGCGGUGUGCAGCACCACCAGCGCCCUCUAAGAAGCGUGCUGAAGCAGAACUCAAUCGGCAACGGGCAGCCGUCGCCAGGUGGCGGGCCGGACAGCGGUGGCGUUGGCGGUGGCGGUGGUGUUGGCGUUGGCGGAGGCGGCGGGAGGUCGCGUCUCACACCGCAGCACUCCAUCUCCGACACGACCGACUACCAGCUCGGCGAGCUGGAUCCCGUUACCAUGGAGACGCAGCAGCGACAGUACGAGGUGGGGAAGCUGGGUGGCGGCGGGAGGAUGCCGGAUGUACUGGCACAGGUGAGCAUCAUGGAGGCUGGCUCACUCAAGGACACGAGCGAGGAAGGCAGCUACGAUACAGAGGACGGGCAGCUGGAAUGCUGGGACUGGAUCCCUGAGCCGACGGGAUGUCUAAAGGAGAGGACCGAGUACUCCUUGUUUUUGUUACCGGAAGACCAUCCCGUACGCAAGGUGGCGCUCUACUUCGUGCACGAGCGCUGGUUUGACUACACCAUCCUCGUCUUCAUCGCCCUCAACUGUAUCACGUUGGCCAUGGAGCGACUUCAGAUACCGCCCGUGUUUCAGGAGAGGAGCGUGCUAACAAAAUCCAACUAUGUAUUUACUGUGAUAUUUACAUUAGAAAUGUCUUUCAAGGUACUAUUGGCAAGCUUGCCGUUGGGGAAGCAUGCGAUAUCUCGGGCGCUGAACGUCAUGGAUGGCUUUCUCGUCGUCAUCUCUCUCGUCGACAUCCUCGUCAGUCUAGUCGGCGACAGCAGUCCACGCAUCUUCGGCAUCCUGCGCGUGUUCCGCCUGCUGCGCACGCUCAGACCGCUCAGGGUGAUUAGCCGCGCUCCGGGACUGAAGCUGGUCGUACAGACUCUACUCUCGUCGCUGCGACCCAUCGGUAACAUCGUUCUCAUCUGCUGCACCUUCUUCAUCAUCUUCGGCAUCCUCGGAGUGCAGCUGUUUAAAGGCAAGUUUUACUACUGCGAUGCCGCUGACGUCACGCAUAUACACAACAAGACGCAGUGCUACGCAGCCGGAUACAGCUGGCUCAACCAAAAGUACAACUUUGACAAUCUGGGACAGGCACUGAUGGCCCUAUUUGUCCUGUCGUCGAAGGACGGCUGGGUUCAGAUCAUGUAUACGGGCAUUGAUGCGGUCGGAGUGGACAUCCAGCCGGUGGAGAACUACGACGAGUGGCGCCUCCUAUACUUCAUCUCCUUCCUGCUGCUCGUCGGCUUCUUCGUUCUCAACAUGUUCGUCGGCGUCGUCGUCGAAAACUUCCACAAGUGUCGCGCGUCGCAGGAGCAGGAGGACCGCGUGCGACGCGAGGCAAAGCUGCUCAAGAAACUCGAGAAGAAACGAAAGAGAAUGAAGGCGCCGCCGUACUACAUCGGUUACCGGCCGCUGCGUCUUUUCCUGCACAACGUCUGCACGAGCAAGUACUUCGACCUCGCCAUCGCCGCCGUCAUCUUCCUCAACGUCAUCACCAUGGCGAUGGAAUUCUACAUGAUGCCCGAU